UAUACACCGUUACCUUGGCAACGGACUAUCAACAGCAGCAGCUCGUUUUCCUUGUGGACUCAUUGUUAGGAAACAAAAAACAAAAAAUGUCUCAGUUUGACUCAGAGAGAGUGAUCCAGAAUAUAGUCGGUGAGCUCGUGCAGGAGUGCACGAGGCGGCGGCACGUGCUGACAGAGACUUUGGUGGCGUUUAUGGUGAAAGCUGUCAUGCUGGACCCAACAAACGGCUUUGAUGUUGACAGAAAACUCACUGAACCAGAGAUGGAGAAACUUAAAGAGCUGUGUCUGGAGAAACUGCUGGCACCGUUCAGCCCGUCACGUGACAGCAUCAACAUGCAGCUGUAUUUCCUCAUGAAUUACACCUCUCAGCGUGAGUUUCUCAAAGAAAUCCAUGUCGGCCUGGAUUCUCGGCUGAGCCUGCUGAGUCGGCAGAUCACAGACAGCAGGCUGGAAACCGGCCGAGCGUCUGAAGCUGUGUACAGCAGAAUUCUGACGUACAUCUUGCUGCAAUCUUCCAUGGGUUCCCCCACAGACGCAGACAGCAAACAGGAAGCUGAAGCUGCCCUUCAGAGGAUUUUUCCUCAGUCUGAGCUGAGGUCCUUCAUGAUGCUGCCGAAGAAAAAGAAGGAAGAGCAGCUCCGCAAACUCGCCACCAUCUCCACAGGGAUUCGGCUCUUCAACAAAGGCAACCAGAACAGAGAGGGGGAGUUUGACGUCCGAGAACUCAUUCCCACUGUCCUGAAAGACGCCCUCUCAUCCGCCAGAGAAACCAUCAGGAAGGAGCUGAGCGAGACCCAGACUUUAGCUUGGAAAUUCACGGCUGUCCUGGAGAAACAAACACAGUGCAACAGUCAGAGCAGACUCAGCAAUCAUGCCGUCAUCCUGCUCAAACAGGCUCUCUACAACGUCAGGACUCAUGAAGGCUUUCUCAAAAUCUUACUGACCGAUGCGUGCGCGUGUGAAAAAGUGGUUGAACUUCUUCAGGCUGAUCUCUCAUCCCAGCUGAAGAUCCUGGGGGAAACUCUGAAGCCCUCAGGAGCUCCACCAGCUGCCAGAGUCAUCUCUUCAUUCAAGGCCCUGUCAUCAACGUGGUCUCGCCUUCUGGAUGAGGCAGAGCUCCUGAACUUCCUUCACAAGAUCACAGUGAACCUCCAUCCAUUCGUGGCCUCACAGGCGGAGGUUUUCUCUGAAGCGGAACUGGACGGCCAGCAGGAGGCAGCAGAGGUGAAGAGCGAUGAGCAGAGGCUGGCAGAGUCCUCCGGUGAGCAGAUUGAUCCAGCCCAAGCAGAGUCAAAGGAAUGGCUCAUGCCUGAAGCCGCCUCCAACUGCAGUGAACUGCCACUUCAAUAUAACGGUUUCUGUGGUUACACACUGGUGAACAGUGAUGGCCUUCUGCUUCCAGGAAAUCCACACAUUGGAGUCCUGAAGCAUGAGGGAAAGCUCUACGCUUUCAGCUCCAAAGAAGCCGCCCUGAACUUUGCCUCCAGUCCAGAUGCUUUUGCUGCAGAGGUGGUGGAAAAAGCCAAACGCUCUCCGGAGCUCGUUCACCUCCUCAACCUCCAUCAGCAGCUCUCCUGGAUCAGUCCAUUCUCUGAGGUGAAACGAGAGGAGGUUCUGUUGACAAAGACCUUUAAAUGUGACAGUGGGACACAGACAGACACCCACCCAACAGAGACCAACAUUGAUAAGUCGUACGAGUGGAAUGAAUGGGAGCUUCGGCGAAAAGCUCUCAAACUGGUGAAUCUGCGAACAAAAGCGACACACUCGUGUCAGACGGACAAGAGCCACAUGAGGCGGGAAAACGUCACUCAGACCUGGCUGCAGAAGGACGCCGCGUGCCAAAGCAAGAAAGACAGUGGCAGCAGCGCCGCCAUGCCUCACGUCUACCUGGCAGGUCUGACUGGACAAAGAGAGGCUCAGCUGGUCAAAGUGAACCUGUCGAAACCUCCUUAUGAAGAGUGAGACCUGCAGCAGCAUUUACCUGAAUAAAAUUCACUGUACCUAA